ACUAAAAACUCAUCUGAACACACAUCGAGAGCUUCAGAAGAACUGAAUCUACUAACAACAGAGAAGAUCACUGAAGAAGAGAGAAGAAUGAAGAUCAUCUGGACUUUCACUCUGCUGAUGAUUCCUGGUGUGUUGAGCUCCAUCAGAGUGACAGGAUAUUCAGGAGGAGGAGUCAGCAUCACAUGCAGAUAUGAUAGAGGAUAUACAGACAAAGACAAGUAUUUUUGUAGAGGACAACCAGUAACAUGCUCUGACCUCAUCAAGACGGAUAAAAAAAAUGGUGAAAAAUGGGUUGGUUCUGAAAGAUUCUCUCUGUAUGACGACACAAGUGCAGCAGUUUUCACUGUGACCAUCAGAGAUCUGACAGAACAGGAUUCUGGGACGUACCGGUGUGCAGUUGAUAUCUCUGGAAACAUAGAUUCCUACACUGAAGUGAAGCUGAAAGUUGUAACAGGCGAGUAACUGAGACUCUCAAACCCAUGAUGAUCAUCAACAUCACACACUCAACACUGACUGUGAUUACUGCGGCUCACACAUCUAACUCAUUUAACAUUUUUUUUUUUACUUUAAAUGAAGAUGAAUUGUCAUUCCUGACUUUAUUCUUUACACACUGAUAUCUGAGAUUGUGUUCAACAGGUCAACAAUUCUGUGCUGUGAGAGGAUAUUCAGGAGGAAAUGUCAUUAUAAACUACAAAUAUAAGA